AUGGACACGUCAUGCCCAGAGACGAUAGAGCGCCCAGAUGGCUCCCGCGAGGACGAGCCACCCUGGCCAAAAGAGCAAGAGAAUAAGGGCGUUGCCGCCGCCGAGGAUGAAGACGGCGAAUUCAUAGAAGAGCCUUUGUCGAACCUGGCGCACCGUUUGCGAAUCCCAGGCGUCGGCGACGGCUUUGCUGGACAUGAGGAGACCGUGGAAGGCGCCGAGUUUUGCGGCACCGACGGCCCGAGCGACGAAGAAGCCGCUGGCGUACCAGGCAUGUACGGAGGCGGCGUGGGCGGCGAGAUAGGCGUGAAGACAGACGAGGUAGGAGAGUUUCGCGAAAAGUCGCUGGCAAUGCGAGGCGAGGAUCAGGCUCGGGCCCAGCCGGUGAAGAACGGUCGAGUGGGGACUUAUGGACACUGA